GCUCUUAAAUUACGUAUUACAACAGUACUUGAACAUAAUACUUCACCAUACUUCACAUCACAAAAAUAUCAACACCAAUUUUAAAACAUUACAUUCCUGUCAUUUCAAAAAUAUCAGUUUCCAAUUUAAAAAAACUCGAAAACCAGACAUAUUAAAUAUCUUUCUGAGUUAUUUAUUUUUUAAUAAGUUAUUUAAAUCAAGUUGGGAGUAGUGCAUGUUUCAUCACCAUUUUCCAUUUUCAUUGCGUGAAUGAUGUCAGGUAAAUGGCGCCUUGCUAAGUGCAAUAUCAUCAUUUGAGUAUUUUUCUAACGUCUACAAUUUUUAGUUUUCGUUAGUGACAGUGAAUAAUAAAAUUUGUAAAUAAUGUUGAUCACGUUCAAAAAUCUUCAACAACAGACUUUUCAAGUGGACAUAGAGCCGACGCAAACUGUAAAACAACUUAAAGAAAAGAUACAACAAGAAAAAGGAAAAGACUACCCGGCUGAUAAUCAAAGACUUAUAUAUGCUGGAAAAAUCCUGACCGAUGACUCGACGAUCAGCGAGUACAACAUCGAUGAGAAGAAGUUCAUCGUGGUGAUGGUUUCGAAGCCGAAGGCAGCCAGCGAUUCGACAGCGGCCGCCCCCACUCCUGCGCCGCCCGCGGCUGCCGCCCCUGCCCCUGCCACACCCGCCACCACCCCCGCCAGUCAAAGUGAUGACAGGGGGGCUAGUGGCGCGGAGUCAGCUCAGCAAGCCAAUAUCUCGGAGGCCGAAUCAGCGCUUCUGAUGGGCGACGAAUACAAUGCUAUUCUUCAAAAUAUUAUCGAUAUGGGAUACGAUAGGGACCAGGUGGAAGCAGCGCUUAGGGCUAGUUUUAAUAAUCCCGACCGAGCGGUCGAAUAUCUAAUAACCGGAAUUCCUUCAGAAAACGAUACGUCACCACCCGUCGAAGUUGCAGAAAGCGGUGGCGAGGGCGGCGAAGAGCCGCUAGCGUUUUUGCGCACGCAGCCGCAGUUCCAGCAGAUGCGGUCGAUGGUGCAGCAGAACCCCGAGCUGCUAGACGCAGUGCUGCAGCAGAUCAGGCAGACCAACCCGGCGUUGCUGCAGCUCAUCUCGCAGAACCAGGAGGCGUUUGUGCGCAUGCUCAACGAGCCCCAGGCGGGGGGUGGUGGCAGUGGUGGUGGUGCAGGUGCCGGCGCUGCUGUACCGGCGGCGGCUGGAGGAGCCACGCCGGUGCGUGUCACGCCGCAGGACAAGGAGGCCAUCGAAAGGCUGAAAGCACUGGGCUUCCCCGAACAUCUGGUGAUUCAGGCGUACUUCGCCUGCGACAAAAAUGAAAAUCUAGCCGCCAACUUUCUUCUCUCACAAACGAUGGAUGACUGAAGUGGGCUCACUUCGCCCGCCCGCCCGCUUAUCAAUGUUUACUACAACAUGAUCAUUAAACUUACACGCCUUAUCAAAUGGGGAGACAUCGACCUGAAGAAGAGAACGAAGGAGAAUAUUGAGAGAAAAACUUUUUACCGUGAAACGGCACAGUUAUGUCGUGAUUUUAAUUUGAAUUAUUCAUAAUUUUCUCAGUCAUCCAUUCAUUUAUUUUAUGUUAUUCGUCUGGCUACAACUUGAAAUAAUUCAGUUUUAGAUGAAACGCGAUUGAUCACGUUGUGUUUGGUGGUAACAGUUUAUUGUUCAUAAUUCUUUUCAAAACUAACUUUAUUUAUUUUUUCCCGUUUACUCAAGUGUCCCGUUUAUUUGACUGAUUAGUUUGAGAAUUAGGGGAAAAAUCUUUGGGAUUUCAUAAAAGGAGUUGAAUAAAUAAGUUGUUAUCUGCUCAGUUUUGUUUAUUAUUAUAAUUAAACAAUAUUAAUAAUUCUAAAACCCUCUGUUCUCCAUGUUUCUAUCCUCGAUUAUUUGAGUAAUUUUCAUUACAGUUGGAAUUUUAAUUAUAUUCAUUUGAAAUGUGUAAUAAUUGUUUAUUAUUGGAAGAGAUACUAGUAAAUAUUGUUUUAUCUAAUCAAUCCGAAUUUUCGAUACCUUUACUAUUGAAGAAGCGGAUGGAUUAUUUUUAUCUUGACGUAGUGUUCAGUUAAUUACCUUGUAUAGUCACUGCAUACACAAUAUUCACUGUGCUGUUUGAUAUAAACUUGAAUGAAAAUAGUACAUUAUCUUGCUUCAACAUUCAAUUUAAUUAGAACUUGUCGAUUUUGACGACUAAGAGGAGGCAACUAUUCCGAUCAAGUUUUAUCAAAUCACAAAAUUGUCAGCUUGUUGAAAAGACAACUACUAUGAUUGAUGGUAUUGAUUAAUCAACUAAUUGUCACAAACUAUUUAUGUGGUUCAUUCGCCAACCACGACCAUCCAUAGCGAUCUAUUGUAAUAUAAAUGUAGUUGAUAAGUUGAUAUUUUGUAUAGUAAUUUUUCCGCAAUCAAACAAAGCUUAUGUCGAUUGGGCUCUCAAUCGGAUUGAGUGAACCAAUACAAUAUCAAGAACCAAGGAAUUUGUCUAGUGUUUCAAUUGGCGCACUCAAAUUUAUCUAGAAGUAAUCAAACAUAAUUGACGCUAUCAUGUUGAAUUUACUAGAAUAUCUCGGAUAAGUGAUUAGAUUAUCGAAUUAUCUGGUGGUCAAAUAAUCGGGACUUAAUUGUAGAUGUAUAUUAUACCUACUGAAAAGAGAAUGUAUAAAAUUAAAAUAUUUGAAUGUUCAAAUCAUAA